GGGAGGGCAUAAAACAAGUGAAACAUUUUUGUUGUUGUGACAGAGAAAAAGAAACAUUAGGCGCGUAAAAGGCGCAAAGAAUUGGAAGAUCCGCCCAGGAGGAACAAACAUCAUCAUAAGCUGACAGCAUUUUGGAUUGGAUCCUUAAAGAAGAGAGAGAAAAACAACAACAUUUUUAGAGAGAGAAAGAGAAAAACAAGAACAACAAUUAAGAUUUUUUUGUUUUUUUUUUUGGAAAGUUUGAGGAAUUUUUUUGAUUAUUACAAAACAGGGACAUGGAGAUUCUCGUCCUCCUAUGAUCCCUUCCUUCCUUGUAUAUUUGGUUUCACAGCUUCAUUCUCCAUUGCUGUGAUCCCAUUCCCUUCUUUCUCUCUCCUCUUUCAUCUGCAUUUUCCAUUUUGGUGAAAGAGGAUAUAUAAUAAUAAUAAUUGAAGGAACCCCAGAAGAAAAUUUUUGAUUUUUAAGAGGAAUUUGAUUCUGGGUCAUUUGGGUUUUUUUAUGGGUUUUGGGGAAUUUAAGAGGUAAAUUUUGGUGACACACACGUGUGGUGGUGGUGCCAUGAUUAGGAGUAGAAAUUCUCAAAUUGGGUCUUCUCCUUCUGGAGGUGGGGCCCAUGAUAUGAAACCAAGGAGGCUUUAUCAAGUUUGGAGGGGUGGCAAUAAAUUUCUCUGUGGUGGGAGACUGGUUUUUGGUCCUGACGUAGCUUCCUUGUUUCUUACAACAUUCCUAAUUGCUGCACCUGCAAUUGCAUUUUGUGUUAAGAUGUAUCUUAAAGCAAAGCAUGAGAAGGCCAAUAAUGGUGAUCAUCUUUUUUGGUGUCCUGUAGUGAUUGUGGGUUCAGUUCUCACUAUUCUGGAUUUCCUAUUCCUUCUCUUGACUUCUGGGAGAGAUCCUGGAAUUAUCCCGAGAAAUUCAACACCUCCAGACUAUGAUGACGCGUUUAAUAUACCUACUCCUUCUAUGGAGUGGAUUAAUGGUUCGACCCCUCAUUUAAAACUACCUCGAACUAAAGAUGUACUUGUGAAUGGUCAUACGGUGAAAGUGAAGUUCUGUGAUACAUGCUUGCUAUAUCGACCGCCUCGUACUUCUCAUUGUUCUAUAUGCAACAACUGUGUCCAGAGAUUUGAUCAUCACUGCCCCUGGGUUGGCCAGUGCAUCGGAAGACGAAACUAUCGGUACUUCUUCAUGUUUAUUUCAACAUCAACCAUUUUGUGCCUAUAUGUCUUUGUGUUCUCUUGUAUCAAUCUUUCGCAGAAAGAUUUUUGGGAUGGAAUCUCACAUGAUUAUGUAUCGGAUUUUCUCAUUAUAUACUGCUUCAUUGCUGUCUGGUUUGUUGGUGGGCUCACAGCUUUCCAUUUCUAUCUCAUUUGUACAAAUCAGACAACUUACGAGAACUUCCGGUACCAAUAUGAUAAAAAAGGGAACCCAUACAAUAAGGGAUCACUAAGAAAUAUUGGAGAAACGCUUUGUUCCAGUAUUCCUGCUUCAAUGAAUAAUUUCCGAUCGUUUGUACAACAGGAUGAACAUACGAUGGUUGGGUGUUUGACUCCGAAUCUUGCGGAUGGGAUUUUGACUCCAAAGGAGAAAAUUGAUGUUGAAAUGGGAUCUAGGCGUGCAGACGACGGUGGUUUUCCAAUUCCCGAACUUCUGCGAAAUUUUGAUUUUGAUAGUUUUGAGGAUGACAUGAAGUUUGAAGACGAGGAGGGACAACAUUCAUUUGAUCCAUUCUACAGUGUUGAGGAAGACGUAAAAGAUUCGAGCCGAACAUCUAAUGCUACAGUUUUAAAUUUCCAUAGUAUCGCAAUCGAAGAUUCAACGGAAGAGUCUGUUUGUAGCUCCCAUGCUGGAUUCGAAGUCACAGAAUCUGAUCAAAGGCUUGUUACUGUUGAUGAAAUAAAUGCAACUAAAGCAACUGAUGACAGAAAUGACUCAUGUUAAGCUAUAAUGCCAACUUUUGCUCUUUAAUGCAUAGAGGUCCUCUCUUUGAUUACCUGUUUGCCUAUGGAGGAUAGUCCUUCCAUACCACAUUGGUUUGCAGCAGUUGGUGGUUUGUAAGAAUUCUGAAUAUGCAGGAUUCAUGCAAAAUUCAUUGAUGCUAUAAAGGAGGGGCUGACGUUGCACUUCCUCUCUCAUUUUGGUAUAAAACUUUGGCAAGUGUUUGUUGUAUGAUGUGUAAACUCCACUUGCAUUCAAAAUAAUGCAGAAAAGAUUGUCUGGCUAAGUUUUAUGAUAGGUACUGUGCUAGAUGUGUCUGUCUACUCCACUUAGUCCCUUGUUAAAUUCUAGAUUGGUUGAUUUUUUUAUUUACUAGUGGAUAUUUAGAACUUCUGUAAGUAGUACAUUGAUACUGAUUUUUCUCUUCUGUAUGAUUCAAUUUAUCUGUCCCUCUCAUCAGGUCCUUUGCUUGUGAAGCAUGCAAUA